AUGAAUGUAGAUGAAUUAAGUAGUAAUAUAGAUAAUUUAUCUGAGACAAUAGAAGAAGAUAAUGUUAGUUUAUUAAGUGGGAAAGAAAAUAAACCAAUUGCAAAAAGUUCUACCAAUGCUGUUCAAAAUCUUGUUCAAGAUAUGGAAGUAUAUAUUAAUGUUAUUGAAAAGCCUAUUAUGACAGAAGAAUUGCUUGAGAAUAGUAAAAUUGUUGAUAUGCUUCAGGCUGAUGAUAUAAUAGAAAAUGACAUACUUAAUUUGGAUGAGAAAAAUAAAGAAUCUCCACCACCUCCCAUAUCCAUAAUGAAA